UGUUUUUAAUACUUCUUCUUUUAACACCAAUACUGGCUCUAAGAACGUUUGAGCCACCGCCACCUGAAUUAAUGAGCCGAAAUACACCCGUCGAGGGCUGGGUCAAUGUGAGAUUGAACCAUUUCGAUGCUUCUAACACCGAGACAUUUCCAAUGCGUUAUUACUACAACGACCAGUUCGCAAAUAGCAACCAUAUCGUGAUCUUCGUUGGCGGUGAGUGGUCGAUCUCCCCGGGCUGGGUGACUGGGGGCCUGGCAUUUGAAUUAGCUGAAAGAAUAGGUGCUGGACUGUUCUACACAGAGCACAGAUACUACGGACAGACGAGGCCUAGCAAUGGAACCACCGUGCCGGAGCUCCGUUACCUGAACGUAGACCAAGCGCUGGGCGACUUGGCACAGUUCAUCCAAUACGUUAAGAGUGAUAGCUUUGAAAAUGGAAAAUUCCAAACGGGCAACGUGGCUCUCGUCGGCUGCUCCUACGCAGGCAGCAUGGCGACCUGGAUGCGACUCGCGUAUCCUCACAUCAUAACAGUUGCCUUCUCCGACAGUGGACCGCUGCACGCCCAGGAAGACUUUCCAGAAUAUCUCGAAGUGAUCACCGAGGCGCUCCGAGAACAGGGCAGUGAGGCGUGCGUGUCUUCUAUCGAGGAGGCGACGAGGCGCGUAAUGCAACUACUUGAAUCACCAGCUGGAGUUCAGGAAGUGUCGCGAUUAUUUAACACCUGCUCGCCGCUGAGCACGACACCUCUGGACCUUGCAACAUUCUUCUGGUUCGGCAUCACCGAAACUUUCGCGUACUUGGUGCAAUUUGCGACGCCGGGACAGAUACCGGCGGCGUGCGAACGACUCACUAACGGCACUCUAGGUAAUCCCGUGGAACGUUUAGCUGCUUGGAUAACCUCUCAGCCUUGGACGCAGCCGUGUAUCGAAUCCCGGUACUCUGAGCAGAUCACCGCACACACGAAUACCAGCUACGAGGCGCCGCAGAGUACAAUGCGUCUCUGGACGUAUCAAACGUGCGUGGAGUACGGUUGGUAUCAAACCACAACCAGCAGAAACCAGCCGUUCCUCUCCGCUGUUCCUCUGGGCUACUUCCAUCAGAUGUGCAAGGAUUUCUUCUCUACAGCCUUCGACGAAUCCUUAUUGCGUUCGGGUAUAGAACGAACGAACAACUUAUUCGCUGGCUUAACGCACAUGCCUGACCACGUGGUGUCAGCGGUCGGUGGUCACGACCCGUGGUCGCCGAUGGGACCGAACGCAACACACGCGACGAGAUCGUCGCCUGUUCACGUUGUGCCUGGCGUGUCGCAUUGCAGAGCUAUUAGAACUACUGAAAACAGCGAGACGACAGAUUUGCAGAAUACAAAACUCGAAAUCCUGCUUUACAUGGAACACUUGAUGACUGGUGUCAGAGCCAGCGCCAGUGCGGCGACGCUGGCCCCCGUACUAGUGGCGGCGCUCACCAGUCUGUACAUGGCACUGUAAUAUCACUCAUUAAUUUAAAAUCUAAUUGUACAGACUGUAUAAAAGCAAGUGAAAAUGCUUUAAUAAAUAUUUAAGAAAUA